AUGCCUGAGGUGGAGUGGAGCGAAGAUCUAAAAGGCACAAUAGGCACAUUACACUCAUUGCCGACUACCAAAAAAAGGUAUGAAGUCUCACCUAUUUUUAUUCCCAAACCUCACCAGAGUGUAUUGCCAUCUGUGGUGCAGGCACCUGUAUUAGAGUUGAAGCCCCUACCAGAGCACUUGAAGUAUGCGUAUCUGGGCGACAACGAGACACUCCCGGUGAUUAUCUCAUCGGCACUAUCAGAAACUCAGAAGGAAAAGCUGAUUCGGGUCCUUAGAGAGCAUAAAGAGGCGAUAGGGUGGACCAUUGCCGACAUUAAGGGAAUCAGUCCCUCCAUCUGGUAUUUCCAGAUAGCGAUUGCACCAGAGGAUCAGGAGAAGACAACUUUCACGUGCCCAUUCGGGACCUUUGCUUAUAGACGGAUGCUUUUCGGUUUGUGCAAUGCACCUACCACUUUCCAGAGAUAUAUGGUAAGCAUCUUUUCUGAAUAUGUUGAGAAAAUAAUUGAAGUUUUCAUGGAUGAUUUCAGUGUGUAUGGUGAUAGUUUUGAUACAUGUCUAGAUAACUUGAAAUUGAUCAUGAUAAGGUGUAUAGAGACUAAUCUUGUGCUUAACUGGGAAAAAUGUCAUUUUAUGGUUGACCACGGGAUAGUCUUAGGUCAUGUUGUGUCGUCUAAGGGUAUUGAAGUUGGCAGGGCGAAAAUAGAUAUUAUAUUUGCUUUGCCUUACCCCGCGAGUGUGCGGGAAGUGCGCUCUUUUCUUGGACAUGCAGGAUUUUACAGAAGGUUUAUCAAGGACUUCUCGAAGGUUGGAGCCCCGUUGUUCCAGCUUUUACAAAAAGAUGUGGUCUUCAACUUUGAUGACGAGUGUGAGAGAGCCUUCGACAAGUUGAAGGAGUUAUUGACCUCACCCCCAAUCAUCCAACCCCCUGACUGGAGUUUACCAUUUGAGAGCACGUGUGAUGCCAGUGAUCAUGCUGUAGGGGCUGUGUUGGGGCAAAGAGUGGGAAAGGCAGCUCAUGUCAUCUACUAUGCGUCCCGAACCUUGAAUGGAGCGUUAAGGUACCUAAUGACCAAGAAAGAUGCAAAGCCGAGGCUCAUAAGGUGGAUAUUGCUCCUACAGGAAUUUGACCUAGAGAUAAGGAAUAAGAGAGGCUCGGAGAACUUGGUAGCCGACCACUUGAGCCGCAUACCAGUGGGGGAGAAGAAAGAGCCAUUGAGGGAUACUUUCCCUGAGGAGCACCUGUUUUCUUUAAAUUCUCAAUUGCCUUGGUAUGCCGAUUUAGUCAAUUAUUUAGUAACGGAAAAUUUUCCUGCAGGUUGGCCAAAAUCGAAGAGGGAUAAAUUGAAGAGCGAUGCCAAGUACUACAUCUGGGAUGACCCGUACCUGUGGAAGAGGGUCUCGACGUCAUACCACCAGCAGACUAAUGGUCAAGCGGAGGUAUCGAAUCGGGAGAUUAAGUCCAUUUUGGAGAAAAUGGUGCGCCCCGAUAGGAAAGAUUGGAGUCAACGGUUAGAAGAUGCACUCUGGGCCUAUCGGAAGGCAUACAAGACUCCUAUUGGCGUGUCACCUUACAGGUUGGUAUUUGGGAAGCCGUGUCACCUUCCAGUGGAGUUCGAGCACAAGGCUUUUUGGGCAAUAAAACAGUGUAACAUGAAUUUAGAAGAUGCCGGUGCUCAACGGAAGUUGGAUCUGCAAGAAUUAGAGGAGAUUCGGAAUGAAGCGUAUGAGAAUGCAUUAAUUUACAAGGAAAGAAGCCGGGCUUUUCAUGAUCAACAAAUUUCUAGGAAAACCUUUGAACUUGGUCAAAAGGUUCUCCUAUACCAGUCCAGGCUCAAAUUAUUUCCAGGUAAACUACGCUCCCGUUGGAUUGGCCCUUUCGUUGUGACUCACGUUUUUCCUUAUGGUGCAGUAAAAAUUCAGAUUACUAAGACAGAUAAGCAUUUUGUGGUGAAUGGACAUCGCCUCAAACACUAUUAUGAGGGCUUUGUAGAUGGAGAGGUGGAGGUGAUACGUUUGGAUGAGCCACAGUGUUCCAAAUAG